AUGGUGAGGCAGAGGCUGGAUUUGAUGCGAGAGAUGUAUGACAGGGCAGGUGAGGUGGCCUCGGGCGCCCAGGAUGAAAGCGAAGCCACUGUGACUGGCAGUGAUCCGUUUUAUGACCGGUUCCAUUGGUUCAAACUGGUAGGAAGCUCCCCCAUUUUCCACGGCUGUGUGAAUGAGCGCCUUGCUGACCGCACACCCUCCCCCACUUUUUCCACGGCCGAUUCCGACAUCACUGAGCUGGCUGACGAGCAGCAAGAUGAAAUGGAGGAUUUUGAUGAUGAGGCGUUCGUGGAUGACACCGGCUCUGACGCAGGGACGGAGGAGGGAUCAGAUCUCUUCAGUGACGGGCAUGACCCAUUUUACGACCGAUCCCCAUGGUUCAUUUUAGUGGGAAGGGCAUUUGUUUACCUGAGCAACCUGCUGUAUCCUGUGCCCCUGAUUCAUAGGGUGGCCAUUGUCAGUGAGAAAGGUGAAGUGCGGGGAUUUCUACGUGUGGCUGUGCAGGCCAUUGCAGCGGAUGAAGAAGCUCCUGAUUAUGGUUCCGGAAUUCGACAAUCAGGAACAGCUAAAAUAUCUUUUGAUAACGAGUACUUUAAUCAGAAUGACUUUUCUUCAGUUGCAAUGACUCGUUCUGGUCUAUCCUUGGAGGAACUGAGGAUUGUGGAAGGACAGGGUCAGAGUUCUGAGGUCAUCACUCCUCCAGAAGAAAUCAAUCGAAUGAAUGACUUGGAUUUGAAGUCAGGCACUUUGCUGGAUGGUAAGAUGGUCAUGGAAGGGUUUUCUGAAGAGAUCGGCAACCACCUGAAACUGGGCAGUGCCUUCACUUUCCGAGUAACUGUGCUACAGGCCAGUGGGAUCCUCCCCGAGUAUGCAGAUAUCUUCUGUCAGUUCAAGUAAGCCCACCUCUGCCUG